AUUAGGUAUAUAAUAAUAUCCUGCUCCAUGUCACAAGGUUUUGAAAAGUAAAGCAGAACAUCAACAGCAAAAAAAUCUUACCUGUUUACCCAACAUUCUCAGAAUAUUAUAAUGCUGCAAACCAUUCCAAAAAAUCAACAACCUUUACCUUGCUCAGCAAGAACCUGAUGAAGUCCUUCUGAAGCCACGCCCACUGUGUGUGCCGCUCUAUUUAAACACUGCCCAAACCCAGGAGCGUUAUUCUGAACUCUGAGCUAAUUAACAGAGAGCCGAGGUGUCUGUGUUCCUGACAAACAUGUCUGUGAUUAGCCUGCUCCUAGCACACACCUCCACGGUGUCUCUGGCUUUAGUUUUAACUGGUUUUAUAUUUUUAUACUUUUACUGGAAAUCCUCCAAGUCGUCUAAUUACAGCUUCCCCCCCGGCCCGCCGGCUCUACCUGUUAUUGGGAACCUGAACAUUCUGGACCUGCACCGGCCGUACAAAACGCUGAGUAAGCUCUCAGAGACGUACGGCAAUGUGUUCACCUUCCACAUGGGUCCCAAGAAGUAUGUGGUUUUGACAGGCUAUGAGGCAGUCAAGGAGGCUCUAGUAACCCAAGCAGACGACUUCUCAGAGAGAGGCCAGACGCAAAUUACAGAAAAGUUCUCUAAAGGCGGGAAUGGUAUUCUCUUCGGUAAGGGGGAGUCUUGGAAGGUGAUGCGUCGAUUCACCCUCUCCACUCUGCGGGACUUUGGGAUGGGGAAGAAGACCACUGAGGACCGGAUCAUCGAGGAGUCCCAGAGACUGGUGGAGGUCUUCCAGUCCCACAAAGGAAAACCCUUUGACCCCCAAAUCAUCAUCAACUCUGCUGUCUCCAACAUCAUCUGCUCCAUCGUGUUCGGAGACCGCUUCGACUACAGCGAUGCACAGUUCCUGAAUCUGCAAAGAAUUGUGAAUGAGAACAUCAGGCUGAUUGUGAGCCCCAAGACACAGCUGUAUAACAUGUUUCCUUUCUUGGGCAUCUUCCUGUCUGAUCACAAGACGUUUCAUGCAAAUCGAAUAAUGUUUCAGAAGUACAUUAUAAACACAUAUAAGGAUCGUGAAGACACUGUGGACAGCAAUGACCUGAGGAGCUUCAUCGACACGUUCAUCUCCAGGCAGAGAGAAGAGGAGGCCAGAAACUCCAAGUAUUUCCACCAGGAUAACUUGGCCGCCACCGCAGGGAACUUGUUUGCUGCAGGGACUGAGACCACCUCUACCACCCUGCGCUGGGGGCUGCUGCUCAUGAUGAAGUACCCCCACAUUCAGGACAAAGUUCAGGAGGAGAUUGAGAGUGUGAUUGGGAGGGACCGCCCCCCGCAGGUCGAGGACAGGAAGAGCAUGCCCUACAUGGACGCCGUGCUGCAUGAGAUCCUGAGAGUGGGCAACUUGGUGCCCAUGAACCUGCUGCACGAGACCACAGGGGACACCACCUUCCGGGGGUACAGGAUACCCAAGGGUACCCCGGUGAUCCCGCUACUCUCCUCCGUGCUCUCUGAUAAGACACAGUGGGAGACCCCUCACCAGUUCAACCCCAACCACUUCCUGGACGCGCAGGGCAAGUUUGUCAAGAGAGACGCCUUCAUGCCCUUCUCAGCAGGUCGGAGGGUGUGUCUUGGAGAGACCCUUGCCAAGGUGGAGCUCUUCCUCUUCUUCACCAUGCUCCUGCAGAAGUUUCACUUCCGCCCGCCCCAGGAGGUCAGCCCUGAGCAACUGGACCUCACCCCCACCCCUGGAAUCACCUCCAGCCCCCAGCCCUUCCAACUGUGCGCCCUGAGCCACUGAGAGACCCUGUGAUACUGCAACCCUGCCUUACUGCAUCUGCUAGACCUUACUACAGCCACUGACCCCUCCCACUGGACCCUUCAGCCAUUGAGACCCCUCAGCCAGAGAGACCCAACCUGACUGCAGCCACGAGAACCCUCAAACAGGAUUGGACUGUUGGCCAAAUGAUAAAUGUUAAAGGGAAAGUCUCAUGUAAAUCAUUUGUUGGCUUAGUAACAGUUCAACUGUCCACACAGGUUUUAGGAACUAAAUAAAAAAAUAUUGGCACUAACCUUUUCAGUUGGAGCCUCCUGCUGUUGCUCCCAAAGUCCCGGCCUCCCAGCGCCUCUGUGUCAUUGUGGCGGUCCUGGCUGGGCAGAGCCUUCACAGGCCCUGUCUUGCAGUUGAGGGAUUCCGUAUCAGUUAAACCAGCGGAGAUGAUUCUCUUCUCCUCGAUGUCUACAAAGCACCGCUCUGUGUAGCAUGGCGGUGCAGUCACCUUGAGCUGUGGCACAGAUGCCCUUGAGCUGCGCACAGCCUCCCAGGGCACGUCCCCCACCCAAUCCGGACCUCCCAAUUGGCUCAGCCCCGGAGGAGCCUACCUGCUCGAUUGGUUGCCUAGCAACACAUCUCCUGUUCCGCGUCCCAGCUGCACACAUUUGCGCUAGAACCAGCGACAGGGCCCUCUGUCACAAGCCUCCAGGUUUCUGUCUCGCUACAUUAUAAUUUUGCAACCUGAGAGCUCAUCUGUUUGAAAUGCAGGGUGUUUUCUUUUUUUUUGUAUUCCUUGACCUAACUGCUGCUUUUGAUACCCUAGAUCAUAACAUUCUUCUUGACUGCCUUCAGCAGUAUGCUGGCAUCUCUGGAACCUGUCUCUCUUGGCUGUCCUUUCACUUAUCUAACCUGGUCACUUGCGGUGUCCCUCAGGGGUCUGUUCCUGGGCCUCUUCUCUUCAACAUUUACAUGCUUCCCUUGGGUCACCUCACCCGCCAACAUAGCUUCACGUUUCACUCCUAUGCUGACGACACCCAGCUAUAUAAAAUAAAGAUCGAUUGAUUGAUUGACUGUCCUGUACAAUACGGGACGGUUGGUCACCUACCCUGAGGGGUCCUGCAUUGCCAGUAUCACUCACAACCCUGUCGUUGUUUGUCACCAGUUGUUUGUAUGAUAUCAUAUUGUACACUUACGUGUUAUUAAUUUUAAUAAAGUGCAAUCGGACAUGGAGGAUAUUUUAUGACAAAAUAAAUGAAUAAAUAAGCACGACUAUAUAUUUUUUAAUUUCUAUAUUUAUUUAGUAUUCAUUCACAAAAUUGAGUUGGGUAGCGUUAGCUCAGCCUUCAGGCCUACUUCCAGCAAUUAAUUGCAAGGGAACUCUUGUGAUUGGCUGGAUAUAUUUGGAUAUACGUUAACCGCAGAUGCACAGUUAAAGACAACAAACAAACAAA